AAAAAGGAAAUUCCAUAAAUUUGGCCGGAAUUAUGUUUAAUUCGGCUUAACUCGACUCGACUCGAUUUUAUUAAAUUAUUAACUCGACUCAAAUUGAAUCGAUUUGAUUGUAAUUUUCAACUCGACUCGACUCGACUCGACUCAACCAACUCGCGAGUCAGCUCGACUCGUUUCGGAACACUAAAAGAUCCUUUCAAAUAUCCAUGGUUAUAUUGUGAAAAAAGAAAUGGAAAAGAAGUUAUGUUUUGUAAAAUAUGCAAAAAUGCAAAUAGUUCUAAUGUGUGGACAACUACUGGUUUGGAGUGGUUAAAGGAAGAUUGUAUUGAAAGGCAUAUAAAAGCAAUUAAUGCAAAAAAUUCAGAUCAGUUGACAAUUAAAGAAGGCUUUAUGCAACAAAUGAACCAUAAUCAAGCAUUAAUUAUUUGUUGUAUGCGUAAUGUAUAUUAUUUAACACAACGUAAUAUAGCACUUAAUAAUUAUAGAUCUCUUUGUGAUUUAAUUACAUAUCAAAUUAAUUAUCAAUAUCAAACUGGGGAUGAAAAUUUUAUCCAAAAUCUUCGUCCACCUCUUCUUCAAAAUCAUUCUGAAAUUACAACUUCAUCAUCUUCAACUAAUAAUUAUGCACUUUAUAAAAAUGCAGUUGCAGAAAGAAAAUUACUUUUUUCUAUAUUUACUAUUGUUGAAGAAAGCGUUGUUGCUGAGGUUAAAGAAUCACCAUGUUAGAGUUUACUUAUUGAUGAAAG